AUGAUAGACCUACCUUUAGAAAUACAAUUCCGCAUAAUAUACUACACAAUUUGUAAUGGAAGCGAUUCUAAUCUACAAUACACAUGCAAACGUUUGAACUGCUAUUAUAACUGUGUCAGAGCCAGACUUCAAACAUUGGUUACCCACGAUAUACCCAAAAAAGGUGCAAUUUGUCACAAUUUGAUCUCCCUCAAUUUGAUACAUACUCCGGGAACUGAAUUGAACUCCUUAAUGUCAUUAAAGGCUCUUAAGUAUAUGUCUAUCAAAUCCAAUGACGUCAAUGGGUUGUUAGUAUUUAACUUUAUUCCAAAGACGUUGGUUAAAUUGACUAUCCUCAUGAUAUUCUCAACACCACGAAUGUUUCAUGUCAGUGAGUUUGAAGCAAUAGCUAGGCAAAUUCACGUAACAGAGAAUAAUCUCAAACAUUUGACGGUCAAAUCAAAGAACGCUAUGGUUCAUACAAUGGUCGAUAACUAUAUUCGUUUACUUGUCAGAAAAAACAUAUCUAAUUAUUGCAAGUCAAGUAUUAUACAAACUAUCAAUAGAGUGAGAGACCGAUUCUGGAAAGGCAUUCUGAUCUUAGGGUGCAUUUUCAGUGGGGUUUUGGACAGCCUAAGGAUGAAUUUACAAUCAUUUGAAUUGGUGAAUAUAGAUAUUUCAUUGAUUUGGACUACUCGACCUCCUAAUUUGGAAUUCCCAUACCUAAGGCUCCUCCUUUUAGAUGCAUGCUCUUCAUCAAGAUUGAAUAUUUGGAUUGAAAAAUUCAAAUCCAGCAAUACCUCCUUAAGGAAUCUAAACCCUUGUUUUAUUGCAAUGAUAUAUACCAUCACCGAUGAAAUAUUGACCACUACUUGUUUGAAUUAUAAUUCUUGGUCUCAUGUUAGAUACACAACAGAUGCUGUCAAUGAUAUAAAGAAGCAUCUACAGCUACCUAUCUAG